AUGAGAUUAUUACUACUAAAUGGAACAAGAAUUGCGGAAGAGGUUGCUAGACUAAACAUUAGGUACUUAACCAAUGGCUGCAGAUGCUUUGAGAGAUUGGAAAAAUGGAACAGGGGUGGUAAAACUGAAAGAGUUCCAGGUAAAAUGCGAACGACUGAUGCGAUGCCUGCGCUGUUGGAAACUGCGAGGCGUUUGAUCGACCGUCACCACGGGAAGGUGUGCUUGAUACAAGUGGGUAAAUUUUAUGAAAUGUAUUUCGAACAGGCCGAAAAAUUUGGUCCGAUGUUGGGGCUCAAGGUAGGUAAGAAACAAACUAGUAAUCAUAAAGUACCCAUGGCUGGAUUUCCCUUGCCUCAACGUGGCAAAUAUAUUGAAAUGUUAGUAAACGAACUCAAGGAAACCGUUGUCCAAAUUGAUCAGUAUAACGACUUAGGUAAAACUAAUGAGAAUUUGGUACAUAGGAAGGUGGCAAGAAUUAUUAGUGCAGGGACGUUGGUGGACGAAGCCUUUUUAAACCAUAAUAACAAUAAUUAUUUGCUUGCUAUAUCAUUUCCUUUGAAUGUGACCAAAAUUUCUGCAGAUUUUGAUUUACCCGUGGGCUUGGCAUGGGUAGACGUUUCGGUUGGUGAAACUUUUGUACAACAAACAACCCUCGGUAACCUCAAAUCAGAUUUGUCGAGAAUAAACCCAAGUGAGGUUUUGAUUUCAAAGGAGUUUUUUGAAUGUGAUAUACCAUUGACGAGAUGGUAUCCACCUCUACUGGAAAUCAAAAAGUACAACAUACGAUACCAUAGUACUGACUAUUCUGAUUUGAAAUUUCAGUUCAAAGAAGGCGUUCAAGCUGUGAGGAAAGCUUUUGAAGACUUGACCGUUCGAGAGCUGGCCGCGUUGAAUUUGGUUUUAUCUUACAUCAGUGUCAACUUGCCCGAAGCCAAUUCACUUUUGGAUUUGCCCACAAGAUAUUACAACGAAUCAACUCUUCAAAUGGAUUCAAGGACGAGGGAAGCUUUGGAGCUCACAGAUAGAGUUACAUCAGGUAGAACAUCAGUGGUUGGGACUUUCCUCUCGUCGAUAAGAAGAACCCGUACAUCGUCAGGUACUCGAUUGUUGACACAAUGGGUGAAGUCACCGUUGUUGGACAUGGGUGAGAUAAAAAAGAGACAAAAUUAUGUCAAAGUGUUUUUGAAGGAUCAGCACUUGCGUAUUGGGGUACAAGAACGUUUACUGAAUCUAUCAGAUUUUGUAAGACUUGCUCAGAGAUUGUCAGCAGGAAGGGGCGACGUUGUUACGAACUUGAAGCUUGUUGCUGAUGCUAUGAAUGACUUGCACCAAUUAAAGGAGUUUUUGAACGAAAAGUGCCGGCGAGAUAAACCAUUGUACAAUGUGAUUGUAGAGUUUCUUAACGAUUUCCAUGUACCACUUGAUGUGGCCAAGUCCGUUACGGAUGCAAUCGUUGGGGAUGAAGCUACUAAUGAGGAAGAAGAGGACGUCAUCGCUUUAGAGGAUGAGGUAACUACAUCAAGUGGCGUAUCAGAUACGGAGCAGGUUCUUAAGGACUCCAGUGAAGAGAUAGGCUCAUUAUCCGAGCAACCAGAAGUUUGCAGUAUUCGCAAAGACUAUAAUCUGAGUUUGAGUGCGUUGCAUGAAGAGCUUGAGCAUUUGAUACAAAAGGAAGACAAAUACUUGAGCUCUUUAAGAAAUACCCUUGUCCAAUACGACUCGAAAAUUGUUGUGCAGAAGAAAGACCAGAUCAGCAAAUAUGUCAAUGUCAUACACAUUAGAUCCAAAAGUUCUAUAAAGAAAAUAGCCGAUACCUUAAAAUCUGAUAUUGCUUCUGAAAACAAAAGCACACUUUUGUAUAACCCUCCCGAUUGGGCUUCCCUUCAAUACGAAAUAUGUAACAAAAGGACGGCUAUCAGGGCAAUCGAGGAGGAAGUGAUAAACGAUUUGAAAACAAAAGUUCUAGAUGAAUUGCCGGUGAUACGUUCCCUUUCAAAAGCAGUAGACUUUUUAGAUGUCACUGCGUCUUUUGCUGUUAUCGCCGAUGAGAAUAAUUGGGUAUGUCCCAAAAUUGUUAAAACCCCCGAGCUCGAGAUCUUGAGAGGUCGACAUGUUGUUGUUGAAUCCAGCUUAAAGGAGUCUGGUUUCAUGUUCACUCCCAACGAUUCGAAUUUAGGAUUGGAUGCGAGAUUGUGGGUGAUAUCAGGUCCCAACAUGGGUGGAAAGAGCACUUAUUUGAGGCAAAACGCAUUGAUGAUUAUUUUGGCUCAAAUAGGAUCAUACGUUCCCGCCGAAAGAGCCACCAUUGGAAUUGUGGACAGAAUUUUUACGCGGAUAGGUGCAUACGACGAUUUGUUCAACGAUUUGAGCACAUUCAUGGUUGAAAUGAUCGAGACAAGUAAUAUUUUGCGUAAUGCAACCUCACAGUCUUUUGCCAUAGUGGAUGAGGUAGGACGAGGGACGAGUGGUAAGGAAGGGUUGGCCAUUGCUUAUGCCGUUUUGAAGAACCUAUUAAUGGACAAUAAAUGCCGCACCUUAUUCGCAACACAUUUUGCAAAUGAAUUACAAAAAAUUCUUGAAAUGAGAGGGGUUGAUCAAAGUCAACUCAAGUUUUACAGAACAAAAGUUGUCAAAUCUAAUGAUGAUCUGGCGCCUGUGAUUGACCACGCAUUGGAGCCUGGAAUCACUGAAAGGUCAUAUGCGUUGGAAGUUGCCCGAAAUGCAGGUUUUCCUGUGUCAACAUUGAAGGAGGCUGAAGAAGUAUUAGAUUUGCUAUAG